GACGCAGCGCAUCUUCUCAACGGUCAUGGUACGUACCUGACGACAUGGUGUUCAAAGGAAUCGACGAUCUCGAGAUGCCGCCUAUGAUUUUGCAUUACCACACCAUCGCAGGAAUGAGUCGACCCAGCAAUUCUCGCGCUAUCAUCAGGGCACGCACAAAUUACAACAGUCUCGGCUGACUUUCGGCGAUAUUAUCUUACAAAGACCGACACCGUAAAACCAAUUCCAUUGCGAGGGGGGUAUAUGUUCGUCAACCGCAUCGAUGGAGAAAACGAGCCCGAAACGAGUCUCGUUCGAGGAUGGCCGCUCAUCUCCAAGCGACGAUGAUCGGAUUCCGGUCGAGGUUGUCUUCGAUGAGUCGAAUCCAUAUCGCCGGAAGAGCUCCCUCGUAGCAAACGAAUCCAUCCCGCCUCACCUGCGCCGGGAGCCACCGCCGCCCCCAAAGAAAACAGAAUGCCUCGUCCAUCAAUUCCUGGCCGACCAAUGGAAAGCCCAUCCUCCCGCACAUCACCGCCGCCACAACCACCGCGGCACCACCACGCACGUCGACCACCGCUUUGACGGUACUGCUUCGCGCGAGGCGGACGAUAUCUCAUCCGAGGUCGGUUUGGAACGCCCAUUGGACCCGAAGAAUGGGCAUUUCGACGGCCACGAUCAAGUUCACGUCCAUCACCACAAACCAGAGGAGAAAGAUCGCCCAUCAACGACGCCGCCACCACCAUCACCACCACCACCACCACAACAACAACAACAACAACAAUGGGAACGGGGACGAGAAGAGGAAGACCAAGAUGAAGACGAAGAUGAACCUUGCCAUCCCCGUGCCACGGUCCUCCGCAGCUCACUCACCUCCAGCGACGUGGACUCAUCAUCAAUAAGUGACGACAACUACGACGACGGUGGGAGUGGCAGUAGCAACACCUCGUCUCACGGGCCCGGGCAGCUCGAUGAGAAACAUUGGCGCCGCUCAAUGGUGGGCGACAGUGUUGGCGGUGGACCAGGGGUCCGCUCGCCCGCGCCUUCGCAGCUCGACCGCCGGUCCGUGUCUGACGACGCGCCCAACUCGCGGCUGCUCACCAAGAAGCAGCUGAGCGAGAUGGCUUGGGGCGUCCGAGAGCUCAGCCGCCGGCUGGGGUCGAUGCGGCUGAAGUUCCGCGUUAAGAACAUUUUCUUGUUGACCAAGAUCUACGACCCUGAGUUGAUCAGCAAGACGAGAGAGCUGUGUCGCUGGCUUCUGGACCGCCAGAGGGAUGUCAGGUACACGAUCUACGUGGACCGGAAACUGAAGGAGAACAGGAAGUUUGACGUCGCCGGGUUGCUGGAAGAGUUGAGACAGGACUACGUCGCGUCGGGCGAGGUCAGCGAGGAGGCGAGCUGGGACAUCGCGAAGCGGUUGCGGUAUUGGGACGGGGACACGUGCCGGGCCCGGCCGCACACGUUCGACUUUGUCAUCACCCUGGGCGGGGAUGGCACGGUGCUGUACGCCAGUUGGCUGUUUCAGCGGAUCGUCCCGCCGGUGCUGAGUUUUGCGCUGGGGAGUCUUGGGUUCCUGACCAAAUUUGACUUUGAGGACCACCAAAAGAUUUUGACGAAUGCCUUCAAUGAAGGGGUCACGGUCAGCCUGAGGUUGAGAUUCGAAGCGACGGUUAUGCGCAGCCAGAAGAGGCGCUCGAGGCCGAGACAAGAUCGGCAGCACGCAGGGAACGGAGCGGACGAGGACCACGAGGAGCCGCUGAGGGACCUGGUCGAGGAGCUGAUCGGGGAAGAGAAGGAUGAUGAGCACACUCAUCGGCCGGAUGGAACGUACAAUGUGCUGAACGAGGUGGUCGUUGACCGGGGACCGAAUCCGACAAUGUCCAGCGUGGACAUCUUUGGCGACGACGAGCACUUCACCUCCGUCUCCGCCGACGGCAUCUGCGUCAGCACCCCAACCGGUUCAACUGCCUAUAACCUUGCCGCGGGUGGCUCCCUGUGCCACCCCGAGAACCCGGUCAUGCUGGUCACCGCCAUCUGCGCGCACACACUCUCCUUUCGGCCCAUCAUCCUGCCAGAUACGAUUGUUCUCCGCAUCGGCGUCCCCUACGACGCGCGCACCAGCUCCUGGGCGAGUUUCGACGGCCGCGAGCGCAUCGAGCUCGUCCCGGGCGACUACGUCACGGUCAGCGCGAGCAGGUACCCCUUUGCCUGUGUCCAGCCGCGUGGGCGGAGGAGCGAAGAUUGGGUCAAUAGUAUCAGCGCGAAGCUAGCGUGGAAUACGAGGCAGCGACAGAAGUCAUUCAAGACGUGGGAGAAGUAGGACUUCCCCAGGGAGGAGGGAGCCGCUGGACCGUCGCGGUGCGGUACCGGAGAGCUCGAACCGCCGAGAACUCCUUCGUCAGUUGGGCCGGGCGAGUCUUCGGGAUCUGGGACGCCGCACGAGGACCUGGUCACUUUGAGGGAGA